GCUCACAAUCUCACGACUCCAACCGAAACACUGGUCUCCAUCAAAAGUCGGUUGUGAUAAUUAUACAUUCAUGCAUAAUUACGUCCGAGAUGUGCUUAACUACAAGAAUGUAAGUCUCAUCAACGACGGGGGUGAGUAUCUACAGGAGUUCGAUGCUGGCAAUAUCUUGACAGCAUUUCUUGAGAUCCCUUAUGCCAAAGUUUUUGUCAAUAGAAAUUGCAGGAAAUUUACCAUCAUUGGAACCACAUACAGAUUUCGUGGAUUUGGCUUUGUAUUCCAAAAAGGUUCUUCACUAGUUGCCAGUGUCUUGGAAGCCAUUCUCUUACUCUCAGAGGACGAGACUCUAAAAGGGCUAGAAGAGGCGUGGUUAACUCCCAACAAAGUGUGUUCAAAAUUUUAUCAGAAUAUGACAGAGAGUAUGACGGAGGAGAACGUUAAUAGCUUGAGCAUCCAAAGCUUCUGGGGCCUAUUCCUCUUCUCUGUUGGCACUUCCUUUGUUUGUUUUCUCCUAUUCCUUGGGCACUUACUAAGGAACUACUGUCGUCAUCAGUCGUCUCAAGUGGCUGACGUGAAUGUAAGUAAUGAGAGCGUUUCGGUCAAGACGGUUAGAGUUGCACGUUACUUGAUGAAUGCCGAGAUUAGAAGUCCAUGGAGAUCUCCAUCCUCUCGUCGGGUAGUGCCUGAAAUUGAAAUUAGCUAAAAACUUGGAUUGUGUUCGGUGGAUAGUACUGUAACCUUUGUAAUUAAUGUAACAAUAACUGUAUGUCAUCUCAAAGACUACAAAGCUGUUAUAGUAGACAUCAAUAUUUUGUGUCCA